AUGGUACUUGCCCGCGUGGCCGGCCUCUUCUCGUCCUCCGACCCGACCAAGGCGCAAUUGGUAGAAGAUGAACGACCCACUGCGCACCUCAAUCUCCCCUCGCCCAUCACCGGGACAAUGGACGCGGCGGUAGAGGAGGAGGUCGAUCUUGAGGCCAAGCGCCCACCCUAUAUCCAUGCGAUGUUGGCUGGAGGCUUGGGCGGAACCACCGGAGACAUGCUCAUGCAUUCUCUGGAUACCGUGAAGACCCGCCAGCAGGGCGAUCCGCACAUGCCCCCCAAGUAUACAUCCAUGGGCUCCACGUAUCGCACAAUAUUUCGCCAGGAAGGUUUGCUGCGAGGGCUGUAUGGUGGAGUAAUACCUGCAUUCCUAGGUUCUUUUUCUGGAACUGUUAUCUUCUUUGGAACUUAUGAGUGGAGCAAGCGUUUCAUGGUCGACUCAGGCAUCGCGCCGCCAAUCGCCUACUUCACUGGAGGCCUGUUAGCAGAUCUCUUUGCUGCACCGCUCUACGUUCCGUCAGAGGUUUUGAAGACCCGGCUUCAGCUCCAAGGUCGUUACAACAACCCGUAUUUCCGAUCCGGCUAUAACUAUCGCGGUACCUGGCACGCCGCAAGGACUAUAGUGCGCUUAGAAGGAUGGCACGCUCUUUUCCACGGCUUCAAGGCUACCUUGGCACGCGACCUUCCCUUUUCAGCGCUGCAGUUUGCUUUCUACGAACAGGAGCAAAAGCUGGCUAAGAGCUGGGCUGGAUCCAAGGAAAUAGGCCUCCCGCUGGAGAUUUUGACCGGCGCAACCGCUGGUGGCAUGGCCGGAACCAUCACCUGCCCCCUCGAUGUAGUCAAGACCAGGAUCCAAACGCAGCAAAGUCCAGAAGCCACAGCAGCGUUUAACGCAAAAAUGGCUAAACAGAAUCCAAGAGUUUCGUCCAGUUCGACAGGGCCUAGCGCCGGGCCUUCGUCAAAGCACAGCACUCGUUCGGGUCCUGGCCCAGGCCAUGGUCCGCCCAAAGGUACCAAGCGGCCUAUCUCAACGUCGUCGCCUUCUACUUCCCUAAAGCAGCAUACGGCAACCACGCUCGACACGUCCUCAAUCAUCAGGGGUCUUGGGCUGAUUUAUAAGACGGAGGGUGUUUGGGGUUUGUUCCGUGGAGUCGGUCCAAGAGCUGUUUGGACGAGCGUGCAGAGUAGCACUAUGUUGGUCCUUUACCAGACUCUUCUCAGGUGGUUUGAACGGCAUCCGCUUGUUACUCAAGAGGAAGUAUAG